CGUAUAUCUAAAGAAGCGUAUUUUCUGCUGCGCAACACGUACUGCGGUUGGAUUUCAGUCGCGAGUUUUUGUCGGCAAGAAUCGCUACUAUGUCGUUGACAAUAAAAGCUUACCUUCUCGGCAAGGACGACUGCAAUAAGGAGAUCCGUCGCUUUGCUGUGGAGCAUGUCUCAACAAGUUUUGAGUAUUUGAAACAAAAAUUGCUCGAUGUUUUUGUCGGUCUCAGGACUGCGCCGUUUCAAAUGCACUACAAAGACGAGGAUGGUGACAUGAUCGCUUUCUCUUCUGAUGCCGAGCUCAUGAUGGGUUUGGCUUUGGUGAAGGAUGACACCUUCCGUCUUUUCAUCAAGCUAAGAAAGGAGCACAAAUGUGACCCCUCACCUCAUGGAUUCCCUGGAUUCUCAUUCACUGUGCCUCAUGGAGCCCCCCACUUUAGCCCUCCAGGGCCGAAUCACAUGGGCCCACCAGGAUCACCUCAUAUGGGCCCUCCGGGACCACCUCAUAUGGGGCCUUCCCCUCAUCACCCUCCAAUGGUGCAUUCAGGAGUGACCUGCGAUGGGUGUGAGGGACCGGUGGCUGGAACACGUUUCAAGUGCACCGUUUGCCCCGAUUAUGACUUGUGCUCUAGCUGCCAGGGCAAAGGUCUCCAUAAGGAGCAUUCUCUGAUACCCAUCUUUCACCCUAUGGCCAACAUGUUUGAGCAGCUCCCUCGUGGGAAGAUUUGGCGCAAGAUGAGACGCUGCAUGUGGGCAAAUGCUCAUACUCAGGCUCAAGCUCAGGCCCAAAGCCAGGCUCAGCCCAGUCCAUCUGGAGUCCAGAAAAAUCAGGAUUCCUCCAAAAACAUGGGAGAGAAUGGUGCAACUCCCUUUUCCCAGGCUAAUGUGGAGUACCUGAAGAACAUUGGAGAGGAAGUGGCUGCCAUGUUGAGUCCUCUUGGCAUAGAUGUGGAUAUUGAUGUUGAGCAUGAAGGGAAGCGGACCAAAGUUACACCAACUCCUCCUACCUCCAGUGGUUCACCUAGUGGCCGGAGUGACAGUGGAUCCAUAGGGCUUCUUUCCAGAGGGUCAGGUCCAGGGAGUCAGGCUUCUGAAGAGAUUAUCAGUAAGGGAACAAAGGGGCAGAAAGACCAAGGAAGUGAUGAGGAAUGGACUUAUCUGAGCUCUAAAGAGGUAGACCCCUCCACAGGAGAGUUGCAGUUACUCAGGAUUGAGCAGGAUGGGAUGGAUGAUGCUCCAGCUCCGCUAAGUACUGCCUCAAGCGCAAGCUCCACCACCACACAGGGCCCCACCGGUCUGCUUGAAGCAGCGCUCUACCCACAUCUUCCUCAAGAUGCAGACCCCAGGCUGGUAGAGUCCCUUUCUCAGAUGCUCUCCAUGGGCUUCACAGAUGAAGGUGGCUGGCUAACCAGACUGCUCCAGACCAAGAGUUAUGACAUCGGAGCUGCUCUCGACACCAUCCAGUACCCCAAAUCGACUAGCCCACAGAAGUAAAGGAGAAAUACAGGAAUACAGAAGACCUGGGCCAUAUUUACUCAGUUGUGGUUGAAUACUAUAGCAUUUUCUAUUAACUCUGCCUUUCCAUACUUUUUAAAUGGCAAAUUCUUGUUGUAAUAUUAACAAUAUUAGUGACUCAGGGGACUAGCAUUUAAAUAGAUUUUUUGGGCAGUUCUAUUCAACAUUUCUUAAACUAGCAUAAUAAUGUAAGACUUUGUUAGCUUUACACCAUAUAUACAUUUAAGUUGUUGAUUAAUGGCAUUUAAGUAGAAUUCUGGAAUGGCAAUUUAUCUGUUUGCAUUUACCAAUUUUAUCUAUAUGCAUUUACUUAACCGAACACUUUUUAAAAAGCAGAAAACGGGGGUAUUUUUAUUGUUGGUUAGAAUAAACAGAAGGAAUCAGGUAAAUAUUAGGUCUUCUAAAAUUCCUGUACUUUCUAUACUUAAUAAAAUGCUUCUCUAAAA